GUUGCGAAAUACCUCUUUCGCCGUCUCAAAAGCAUUGGGAUAGAGACAGUCUUUGGCGUGCCGGGUGAUUACGAGCUCGCCCUUCUUGACUUUGUCCCUGAAGAAGGCCUGAACUGGAUCGGUACCCCCAAUGAGCUCAUAGGCGCCUAUGCAGCCGAUGGCUACGCUCGCCAGAAAGGCGCUGGAGCCUUGGUCACCACAUUUGGGCCUGGCGAGCUCAGUGCGCUCUGCGGCAUCGGCGGGUCAUUCGGUGAGAACGUUCCUGUCCUUCACGUAGUCGGCUAUCCCACUCGUCCCGCCCAGGCCAGUGGCAAAAUUCUCCAUCACACGCUGGGUGAUCUCAGCUAUGAACACUACCGUGAGAUGUCAGCCGAGUUGUCUUGUGCCACCACGAUUCUCGAGGACGCCCACUCGGCGCCGUCUGAGGUAGACAGGGUCCUGAAUGGUAUGCGUUUACCUUUCUCUCAACCUCAUGUACAGUUGUAA